CGAAAGCAGCAGCACCCCAGAAGCAAAGGAGCCGCCAACAAAGCAGAUCCACGAUGAACAUGGCGUCCGGGUACGGGUAUGGCAGCGCUGGCAGCAGCAGCGCGACGCAGUUCGACGAGAGCAGCGGCUACAACCUCAAGGCCGGCGAAGUGAGCUCGGGCACGACGAUCAUUGCGGUCAAGUACGCGGGCGGCGUCGUCCUCGGCGCUGACAGUCGCACGUCCACGGGCACGUACGUGGCGAACCGCGUCUCGGACAAGCUCACGAUGAUCCACGACCGCAUCUACUGCUGCCGGUCGGGCAGCGCGGCCGACACGCAGGCGCUCUCGGACUAUGUGCGCCACUUUAUGGCGUCGCACGCCGACGAGCUCGAGGGCGACGCGUUGCCCAAGGUGCACACAGCCGCCAACUUGUUCCGCAAGCUCUGUUACGAAAACAAGGACCGCUUGAUGGCCGGCAUCAUUGUCGCCGGUUACGACGCCGUCAAGGGCGGCCAGGUGUACUCGGUGCCGAUCGGCGGCGCGUUGGUCGAGCAGGAAGUCGCGAUCGGCGGGUCGGGCUCGACGUAUAUCUACGGUUUUGUCGACGCGCACUGGCGAUCGGGCAUGACCAAGGAAGAGUGCGUCGCAUUUGUCCAAAAGGCUCUCUCGCAUGCGAUGGCGCGCGACGGCAGCUCGGGCGGCGUCAUCCGCACGGUCACGAUCGACGCCAACGGCUGCGAGCGCGGCUUCGUCGCCGGCGACAAGCUCCCGUUCAUCUUGUAAGCGCGUGUUAUAACAACAACAACAACACGAUCCUGCAUGCUACACAC